AUGAAAAGGAAAAGUCAGCACGGUAAGACCUCUAAAGGGCACAAAGAGAACCUGAUGAAGGAGAGGACGCUGCUGAGGCAGAGCAGCUUCUCCUCCGCUAAGAGCAGGGCCGCGUCUCCUCGCCGCGCGCUCCCCACCGAGCUCCUGAGGGGCCCCGGCAAUCGCUCCGCGGCCCCUCACAGCCCACACAAACACAAAAACAAAGAGAAUGUGAUCAUGGCCAUGGAGGAGCUGCGGGGGACACGGGACAAACUGAGCGUAGGGGACAUCAGGAAGGUGGCGUCCAAGCAGAGACUGCGGCCGGCUCCAGGGAGACGCCAGCUGAUGGAGGUCGGCAGGAAGAAGGAGUCGGGCGUCGCCUCUGAUCCUAACCGUCUAAAACCUCUCAGUUCUAAAAACAAACCAAUCGUGGUGCGAAGUGCGGGAGUCAGCUCGUCGGGUGAACGCUCAGCUGGUGACAAAAGCGCUGAGGUUAAAAAAACCCCUGAAGAUUUCUCCAAAAAGUCCAAAAAUGAGAAAAACAAAAAAGAAGCCAAAUCGAACAAAGAAGCAGAACUUGGCCUGCUCGCCGGAGCUGCCUCGCUCGCAGCCGGGGCGGUGUUAAUGCACGAGGUAGCGUCCUUGAGCUCGCCAUCCGAGAGCAGCGGCCGCGCCCUGAAAGACAACACGACGAAAUCACGCAGCGAGGAAUUCGAAUCCGCUGAUUUGAGCCACAAGUCGGCCGUCAGCAUCAACAUUAUACCUGAGAGUCCCGACGGCGGGACGAGUCAGGACGACACGGACACAAGUCACAACAAAAGUGAGCAGGAGGAGUCUGCGACGGUCCAUCAGGAGGAAGAGGAGGAGGAGAGAACUAGUGCAGAUGUGAGCAAGGAGGAGGAAGAGGAGGUUAGUUGCAGCUUUGAGAAAGAAACAGAAGACGAAGAAGACACUCUUCAACCAGACAAUGAGUCAGAAACUGACGAGGAGGCGAGCAGGGACGAGGAGGAAGAAGAGGAGGAGGAAGAGGAGGAAGCAACCGUGACAGCUGGAAGCGAAAGUGAUGACAAGUCAAAAGAGAGCAAAGCAGACAAUGCAGAAGAGGAGGAGGAGGAGGAGGAGGAGAACCAGGAGGAGAACCAGGAGGGGUCGAGUCAAGAGAGCAAAGGAGGAGAGUCUGAGGGUGAGGAGGAAGAUUUGGAAAGUGAGGAAGAGGAGGGCAAAAGUGAGUCCAUGAAGUCAUCAUCGGAGGAGGAAGAAGGGAGUGAUUUAGAGAGUGAGACGGGAGGAGAAGAGGAGGAUGAGGAGAGCAGUGCAGAGGAAGAGGAAGAAGCAGAGGAGGAGAGUAGUGAGGAAGAUGAGAGUGAAAAUAAGGAGGAGAGUGAGGAGGAUGAGGAAGAGGAGAGUGAAAGUGAGAAGCAGGAGGAAGAGGAAGAGAAUGUUGUGGAAAAAGAGAGUGAAGAGGAGGAAGAGCCUGACAAAGAGGAGGAGGAAGAUGAGGUAAACGAAGAAGAAGAAGAUGAGGAGGAGGAGGAAGAACAAGUUGAUAAAGAGGAGGAAGAAGAGGAAGAAGAGGAGGAAGAGGUUAAUGAAGAUGAAAAAGAAGAAGAGGAAGAGGAGGUUGAUGCAGAUGAGGAGGAGGAGGAACAGGAGGAGGAGGAGGAAGAGGUUAAUGAAGAUGAAAAAGAAGAGGAAGAGGAGGAAGAAGAAGAAGAGGAGGAGGAGGUCCUAAAAAAGAAAAAGUCAGCUGAAGUCCAAAGAGUAAAGAGUAAACAGAGGUCGGGGGUCAAAGGUCAGGCAGCGGAGUCGGAGGAGUUUUGGGACGACGUGUUGCCGCAGUACCUCAACCUGAAAUAA